UCCUAAAAUUUAUGGGAUUUUCUUUUCCUCUUUGUGUCUUAGUAAAAGAGUACGAAGAUAAUGUUUCGUAGAUCGUAAUGUAACGUUAUUACCAUCUAACACCAAAAAUUGAAUGGAAGAAGGUGCUUAUUCAUAAUUGAAGUUGGAUAAUCCAUAGAACUACACAAAAAUGAAGAUUUGGACUUCAGAGCACACAUUUAAUUGUCCUUCUCCAUUUGUAGCCAUCCUUGGGAAACAGUUGCACAAGCCGCAUGGCGAAAAUAUCCCAACCCCAUGAAUCCUGCCGUGAUAGGAAUUGAUGUGGUGGAAAGAAGAGUUGUCGAUGGAGUUUUGCAUACCCACAGACUUGUCAGUUCAAAAUGGUUCUUCCCUAGAUGGGCACAAGCGCUCAUUGGAACAGCUAAAAUAUGCUAUGCAAGUGAAAAAUCUGAAGUUAAUCCAAAUGAGCGUCAAAUGACAUUGAAAACUACGAAUUUGACAUUUUGUCGCUACAUUGCCGUUGAUGAAACUGUCCGAUACACUCCACAUCCUACAGAUACCUCCAAAACUCUAUUGACACAAGAGGCUGUAGUAACAGUUCAGGGAGUACCUCUCAGCAGUUACAUGGAAGAUUUGCUUACAAAUAAAAUAUCAUUAAAUGCAGGGAAGGGACGCCAAGCUAUUGAAUGGGUAAUUGGCAAGUUUGACAAUGAAAUCAAAGAACUUGCUAACUCUGCCUGCAAAAGUACUGAUGAGCUCCUCUCUCAAACAAAAAAGUCGAUUGAUGACAUUACUACAACCGCACGAAGAUCUAUGGAUGAUAUAUCAACCAAGGCAAAACGGUCACUUGAUGACAUAGAGAAAUUCACCAAGGCAAAUGCAAAUCAACGAAGCUGAAAAGAGGAGUGAUUUCAAUUAUAGGGCUAAUUGACUUUGAUGUUUGUUAAGAAAGUUCUACACAAACUAUUCUCGAGCCCAUUAGACAAUAUAAAUAAAUUCAUUAAACUUUAGUUUCAUUACUAUAUAUACACUCAAAGCACUAACAUUAGUUAAGUAUUAGUAAUGAAUGUAUUUAUUGAAAUAAAUGUAUGUCAUGGGUAUUGUUUACAUAUAUUAUGUUUCAUAUUGAUGCAUUUUUAAGUUUUAAAUAGCAGAAUGUAUAUAAGUUCCAAUACUUUUUUUAUUGAUAUGAUUGUUUUCUUCAUUCUAGAUGUAAAAUUGAGAUCCAUUAGUAAAUAUAUUUGUUUUGCUUGUAUUUGUCAAUAAAUUUUUGUUAUCUGCUGUA